AACAUAAACCAUACAACAAAGUACCUCUCCGGCACGCAUCGCACUCAACUAGGUUUCGUUUGCCAUGCACUCCGAAGUGGGCAACAACAGAAAGAUUUGAUGCCAGUCUCAGUCAACCCCACAGCGCAGUGCAGUUAAGUUUAAAGUGUGAGCCGAAACGGUCGACCGGACUGCAAACUCCUUCCUCCAAAGUGGUGCAGCAGUUUCAGAAGUAUGGUGCUCCAAGAGCAGUAUUUUACACACGCGGACGGCAGAUAUGAAGCGGCUGCCCAACGCCACCGCUCGAGCAAACCGUUCAACCUUGAUAGGUUGGAAAAGAACGUGCGAUUUGUGCUGGUGGAAGUUGUUCCCAAAAUAACUAAACUGUUGCUGCUUUUAGUUCCUGUGCUUUUCCGAGACUUUGUGCAAUUGUUUUUGCCGGCGAAAAAGAAAUCCAUUACCGGGCAGCUAGCAUUGGUCACCGGCGGUGGCAACGGUCUGGGCCGAGCGCUUUGUUUCCGUUUGGCGCAAGAGGGCUGCGCGGUGGCCGUCGCCGAUAUCGACCUGGUUGGAGCGCGUCGUACCGCCGAAGAAGUGCGGACCCGGUUCGGCGUGAAGGCCAACGCGUUUCAUGUGGACGUGAGUGAUUACGGUUCGGUUUGCAAAAUGAAAGAGGACAUCGAAUCCGCACUGGGAAAUGUUGAUGUUCUGGUGAAUAAUGCGGCCUUGUUGGCCAUGCUCUCGAUAUCGGAAGGAAAACCGGAAGAUAUCCAGCGGAUAGUGAACGUUAAUCUGUUAUCACACUUCUGGACAAUCCGAGCAUUCAAAGAUGGCAUGGUAGAGAGACGUCGGGGACACAUCGUUGCCAUCUGCUCUCUACUGGGCAUUAUUCCGAUCGGUCGAACCAUCAGCUACUGUGCGACCAAGUUCGGAGUGCGAGGACUGAUGGCAUCGCUGACGGAGGAGUUCCAUCUGGAUGGACUGACAAACGAUUUGCACACCACCUGCGUCUAUCCGGCGGGAAUCCGCACUCGGAAGCAGUUUAUCGAUCUGAUGAGAGAUCUGAAGCUGACGAUUCCGGUGCACUCACCAGAAUACGUAGCGAAUGCAAUCGUUGAUGCGGUGCUAGUGAACAAGACGGAGGUCAUUCCAAGUUCGCUUGGAGUGCGGAUCAUUGCAGCGAUGUAUCACAUUGUGCCCAGAUCUUUGAGUCUUCUUGUGAGUGAAAUAAUAGUGGGAAAAAUUCCUGUGCUCACUAGAAGGGGAUAAACUAUCUAAUGUCGAUAUGGUGUGGUUCAUUGUAAAGUAAUAAUCAUCAGCACGCAAUACCAAACGACAAUAUGAUCGAUGAUAAACUGUCAGUUUUAGCAGAUCAUGGAUGUUGAUAAACGAAAGCAUGUCCAUAUACAUAUUAUUAAAUCCUCGAAUCUGUCAUUAUACUUUUCGCGUGCAUCUGGGCGAACCAGAUUUUGAAAUAGCCGAUGACAUGAUACAGCAAAAGUGCUUAGAGUGCAAAUAUAGAAUCAACAGUCACUAUUUAUGAUAGGGGUAAUUGUACAAUGUUAGAUUGGAUGUAAGGCGUUGAAAUGUAAAUAGAUAGGCAUCAAAUAAUAAAAAUAAAUAUCAUUCUCACGUUGAGAUAAUUACAAUAA